AGAGACCUCCGGCCAAUCAGGAGGAGGCGCUCAUCACUUGAUCAGUGUUUGUUCAGAGAAGGUAAAGCAGAGGUUCAUUCUGUCGUGACGGACGGACCGGUUCGUCUGUCUGCGAGCUUCGAAGGCGGCUUUCAAAGAAACAACGAGCCUGGAGACAGACACAGGAUGGAAAGUGGAACCGGCGGUAACCUCAGGUCUCGUAAUGGAGCUAUCCCAAAAAUGCCGGACAUGGACCGGGAAUCUGAUCCCGGAAAUAACCAGCAGAGCAACGGAGGCAGCCACAUCACCAGCAACGGGAUAAUUGAAGCAGAAAGCAAAAAGAUGCAACUGAAGAGGAAAGCAGAGCUUCUGAAGACUGACCUUUUGCGUCAGUUUGACAGCCAAGUGAGUGACUUGAUGGAUAGUCUUUUAGAAGAGUCCUCCAGCCUGGAGCGUUCUUCUGUAUCAGCAGCCUUCUCACCCCCCAUGUCGGAUAAGGAGAAGACCAAACUUGGUCAUUUCCGACCUCCUCAUGGGGAGGGAAAGCAUUUCACAAACAGGAGGUCUCUUCUGGAUGAGCUUUUUGAAGUGGACCACAUCAGGACCAUCUACCACAUGUUCAUUGCUCUCCUCAUCCUCUUCAUCCUCAGCACUCUGGUGGUAGAUUUCAUAGAUGAAGGCAGGCUGGUGCUGGACUUCGACCUGCUGGUUUAUGCGUUUGGCCAGUUCCCCCUAGUGGUGUGCACGUGGAUCUGCAUGUUCCUGUCCGUGCUCCUGGUGCCCUACACCCUGUUCCACCUGUGGUCUCAGAGCCAGGCGGGCUCUUUUGGUCGGCCCAGGUUGUUCAGUGCGCUGUUGGGUUCUGCGUUCGUGCUCUACCAGGCUGUGGGCCUGGGGCUGCUGCCCGCGUACGUCGUCGUGACCAACAGUUUACCACCUGCAUCCUGCUUUAUCAUCAUCAUUGAACAGGUUCGUUUAAUGAUGAAAGCGUAUUCCUUCGUCAGAGAGAAUGUUCCAAAAGUCCUGUCCUGGGCAAACGAUAAGACAAGCCCCGGUCCAGUGAUCCCUCAAGUUUCUCAGUACCUCUACUUCCUGUUUGCACCGACGCUUAUCUACAGAGACAAAUACCCGAGGAACCCUGUUACAAGAUGGAGCUACGUGGCUACCAAGUUUCUCCAGGUUCUCGGCUGUCUGUUUUACGCCUACUACGUGUUUGUGCGGCUGUGCAUCCCGCAGUUCCGCAGCAUCAGUAUGCAGUUUUUUGAUCUGCGGGCGAUGGUCCUCUGCGUCUUCAAUUCCAUCCUGCCAGGAGUUUUGGUUCUCCUGCUGGCAUUUUUUGCUUUUCUGCACUGCUGGCUCAAUGCUUUUGCAGAGAUGCUUCGCUUUGCAGACAGAAUGUUUUACAAGGACUGGUGGAAUUCGACCUCCUUUGCAAAUUACUAUCGAACUUGGAACGUGGUGGUCCAUGACUGGCUGUAUUACUACAUUUACAAGGAUUUCCUAUUGAUUUCUCAGAAGCGUUUCAGACUAGCAGCCAUGCUCUUCGUUUUCACCAUAUCCGCCGUGGUCCACGAGUACAUUCUAGCAGUUUGCUUCGGCUUCUUCUACCCUGUGCUCUUUUGCCUCUUCAUGUUUUUUGGAAUGAUGUUCAACUUUAUUCUGCACGACCGAAGGAAAGGCCCCAUCUGGAACGUCAUCAUGUGGACGGCUCUGUUCCUGGGUCAGGGGGUGAUCAUCUGUCUGUACUCCCAGGAGUGGUACGCUCAGAGAUACUGUCCUUUGAAGGAGCCAUCUUUUCUGGAGUUGAUUACUCCUCGUUCCUGGAGCUGUCAAAGAGACUGACUGUGGGAUUAUAGUAAGAAGUAGUGCUAAUACUGAUCACUUAAGGUUUCUGUUAAUUUAAGUAUUUAUGGUUUUUGUUGUGUCUUUGCACUAAAGUUGGACAUUUGUAGGAAUGUAUGGCAAAGCUUCUACUGAUAUGCCAAAACCAGCACAGUCACUGGGAUGCCUUAUGUGUUUUUAGUUUUCAGACAUCACAGAAAAGUUCUGUACCAAGAAGUUCCUGUAAGCACCUUUCCGUGUACUGUUUGUAUUUUUUGGAGUUGUUUCAGAUCAACACUCUUUUGUGCCAACAAGAUUGCGGCAAUAAUGACACACGGCAGCUGAAUGCAGACGUUAUUUGCUUAUUGCAAUAAUGAUUUUACCAAGAUUCCACUACAAUAUACAUGUAAAGACUGAUACAAAUAUUUAAUUUUGUUGCCAAAAAAUAGGAUUUAAAAUGUGCUUCCGACUGUCUGACCCUAACGAUGCAGGCACCUGUUGACUUUGUCUCAAGACUUCUGGGUAAUUUAUUGGUAAUCAAAUCAAGAUUUUAACAUUCAUUGAGGACUGAAGUGCAUAAACUCGAAUGUACUGUUUCAAUCUGAAUAUUUGAUUCUCUUUAGUCAUUCAACUGUUAUAAAUGCGGAGUAAAUGAAGCAAAUGUUGUAAAGCUGCUAUGUGGAAUCACUACGAUAAUCACAACUGUCAGACUUAAAGGCUAAAGACAAUAUUUUCUGCUUGUAUUUAAUACUUGUUUGUUUGUGGUAUAAAGAUAAAUUAUAUUUUCUAUGGAAAGUAAUUACACAUUUAAAAAAUGUUGCCUUUCAGGGAAUUUUCUGAUGCUCUUUAAUAGAUGUUGAUUCUUUGUAUGCUAAAAGUUAAACCUCAAGGUGGCACUAUUGUAACGCCUUUAAUGGAUUGAAUAUUCAUGUUGAGUGAUUACAUUCCAAAAGUUUGUAUUAUGAACUAAAACUAACUACAGAUAACGUUUAAACUUGAUAUAUUUGAAGUCAUUUGGAUUAUUUUUGUCAAAUAUAUGCUGAGUUAAUCUUUUUCCUUUAUUUUUGCUCUCAAGUGAUAAAAAUAUCAAAUUGCAGAAAAACUCUUAACUGAAAAUGUUUGAGUUUUGUCUAAUUUCUGUUACUUUAAGUUUAAUUUAUUUUGUUAUAUAUCUCGAACCUCCUCUUUUUGUAUGUCUUUUCAUUUAUAUAAAUGAUUAUCUUCUU